AUGCAAGACAAGCCCAAUCUUCAAUGUAGCUGUUGUCUAUGUCAAAAAAGUCGUUUAUUCCAACUUGCAAAUCCAAAGAUUAAAACGACAAAGUUAUGUGUUUUAAUCUUAAAAUCGUUGAAAAUGCUUCACCCGGAACUUGAAUGUUUUUCGAUCAAGACGGACAUCGCAGAUUUUAUUAAAGAUCACUGGGGGCUUUUGAUUAAACUGAAAUUGUUUCAGUCCGUCCAAUAUAAAAAGAGUCUUUUAGACGCUCUCAACCACUGUCCACAAAUCGAAUGUGGAAAGGAUUUUUGCCACGACCGCGGUUAUUACAGGCUGAAGGAGGGAAGCUCCGCAAAAGACAAAAGUGACGACAAAGACGAGCUCCUCCCAAAAAUUAAAACACCGAAACAAGAGAAAGAGUGUGUCGUGGGGAGCGCAAAAAAUGAGAUUCAAAAUCUAACACUAAAUGCCCCGCCACAGCGUGGCGGGGAAAAUAGUGUAGAAGAGAAAUUGGAAGUCAGUAAGGAACUGUAUAGCUGCUACGACGACCUACAACGACAAGUCAAUCAGGGAGUUAAAGUAUUUAGUUGUUUAUACGGGAAAUAUUUAGCGAAUUUGGAUGUCAAAAGGAGUGAUCUUGUUCGAGAUAUAUUAGAACAUCAGACCGAAUUGUUCCACCUUUUUGGAAAGAGGAAAAUGGAGUGGUGUACAUUCAACUAA